UAACGGGAAGCUAACGGGAAGCUAACGGGGGGCUAACGGGGAGCUAGCGGAGAGCUAGCGGAGAGCUAGCGGAGAGCUAACGGGAAUAACGGGGCGAACGGGACAGGCCAGCGGCUCAUGGUUGCCUCGCUCACCGGGGACCCCUGCGGACCUCAGCCCGGUUCUGGAGGACAGAGCCGUCGGAACACCGGCCUCCCGGUCUGGACCCCCCCUUCCCCGGUUCGAUUGGAGAACCGGGAGCCGACAUGUUGAUAGCAGUCAGCGCCGGAACCGUAAACUCAGCCGGCGGCGGCAAGAAGAACCGCCGGAGGGGCAAGAAGCACCGGAGAGGACGGCCGGACGAGAGCCGACCCAGUGACCUCUGUGACCCCUCAAUGACCCCGACCCCCCCGGGUCACCCAGAAACCGCCCAGCUGCCUCCCCAGGGUCACUCCGAACCACCACACACACCAGCACCUCCAGAGGGGCCUCCUGAGACCAGGACCCCGCAGAGAACCCAGGCUGAGACCCCCCCACCCCCCCAGACCCCCACCCACUGCCCCCCACCCCUGCAGAGUGUGCCCCCCACCCCUGGUCUAGUAAAGACCGGGGACCCCCACCCAGGCGGUCCUGAAGACCCCCUGCUGUUCUCCCAGAGCCCCGCCCACAGUGUCAGCCAAUCACCACCUCCGCUUUUCCAGACCAUUACCCAGAAUUCCUCCAGGUCGCGUCACAGAACACCGGACGACCAAUCGCAGCUCUGCAAAUCCCCUCUGGUGUCCGGCGGAGCUCCGCCCACCCCCCCGCUGAGCCCCUCCCACCCGGACCCCUUCCUGCUGACCCCCGUCACCUUCACCUCCAGCGCCGCCUCCCGCCUGCCCCCCCCGCCCGGCCCCUCCCCCGCCUCCUUCCUGAGCUCCCUGGACUCUCUGGCCCCGCCCUUCGGACUGCGGCCCGUCGCGUCCCCGUCCGGCCGCCAUCGGGCCACGCCCCCUCCGCCCCUGAGCCCGCCCCCCGCCCAGCUGCUGGGCUCCGACGACGAGGAGCAGGAGGACCCCCACGACUACUGCACAGGCGGGUACUACCCAGUGAAGAUCGGAGACCUGUUCAACGGGAGGUACCACGUGGUCCGGAAGCUGGGAUGGGGGCACUUCUCCACCGUCUGGCUCUGCUGGGACCUCCAGAAGAAGCGCUUCGUGGCUCUGAAGGUGGUGAAGAGCGCUCCUCACUACACCGAGACGGCUCUGGACGAGAUCAAGCUGCUGCGCUGUGUGAGGGACAGUGACCCUUCUGAUCCGUACAGAGAGACCGUCGUCCAGCUCAUCGACGACUUCAAGAUCUCUGGAGUCAACGGAGUCCAUGUCUGCAUGGUCCUGGAGGUUCUGGGCCAUCAGCUCUUGAAGUGGAUCAUCAAGUCCAACUACAUGGGGCUGCCCCUGGUCAGCGUCAAGACCAUCAUCAGACAGGUUCUGCAGGGACUGGACUACCUCCACACCAAGUGUAAGAUCAUCCACACGGACAUCAAACCGGAGAACAUCUUGUUGGACGUGGACGAGGUCUACGUCAGGAGACUGGCGGCCGAGGCCACCAUCUGGCAGCGGGCCGGAGCCCCGCCCCCUUCCGGGUCUUCAGGAUGGAAAACUCUCUAAAAACAAAAAGAAGAAGAUAAAACGAAAAGCGAAGCGUCAGCAGAGACUGCUGGAGGAGAGACUGGUGGACAUCCAGAGGAUGGAGCAGGAGGACGGUCUGCAGCAGCCUGAAGACACUGAGAGCAGCUUCUCUCUGGUUGUCAACGGCAACCCUCCCGGCACCUCGGCCAAUAGCAAA